AUGUUCAGGGGCUUGAUUGUGGUCUAUUUGGUGGGUAAGUACCAACAAUAUAUAGUUAAUAUGGCAUUCCCUGUAAAUGUCAUGAAAGUAUUAUAAAUACUACCCCAUUUUUGCCCAAAGACAUGGCAUAUUAGGUGCCGACAUAUAGAACCCGCCAUACUUUUCCUGUAAUUUCCUGUAAAAAAUGGCGGGUUCUUUAUGUCGGCACCUGAUACCCUAUUUUUAUAUCGUGAUUUCAGCAUGUCCGGUCGUACACACGGUCCUAUGCUACGACUGUUCGGCCAGGAAAACGGAACUUGGUAUUAUAAACGAGGCGUGUUUCAAUGAUCUCGGCAAAGUGGAAGAUAAGCUGAAGAGAACGUGCGGCGCCACCACCAAAUGUUUUAUGGGAGAAGGGGUGUACGAUAAUAAUGGUAUGUUGUUUUAUGAAUCAAAGAUACGUUUAGGUUUCAAGCCACCGGAAUGGUAGGGUAAGGUAGAGUACGGUAGAGUACAGUACAAUAGAAUAGGAUAGGUUACGGUAGAAUAGAGUGAGAAAAAGUAAGAUAGGGUAGGGUAGAGUAGGGUAAGGUAGAAUACGUUGGUUUAAUACCUAAAAACUUGUUUUCAGGCAAGAAGGAAGUUGAAAUUAUACGCUGGUGCGCUACUGAAGACGCCCAGAUAAGUUGAAAUUAAUUAAAAAUUUUUUUCAAAUUCACAGUAUACCGGCCCUACUGUGCUUAUGCUUAUUCUUCUAUUAUAAACCGUAUUUUAUCAACUUACCCACUUUUAGCUGGGUUGCAAGAAGAAGGAUAUUAAGACGCCGUUACCUGGUACGGCUUACGAAUGCAUCACCGAGGGCGAUCUGUCCAACAAGCAAACCAAUGUUCACGAAGCGCAGGAGGCGGGCUUCUUCGAAAAACUCAAGAACAAGAUCGUGGGAAAGGCGGCUUCAUCCAACUACGCCUCGUUCAGCCUUCUCAUAGUAAUCUACGUCGUGUUCAAGUUGAUCAAUUAG